AUGAUGCCGACAAUUCCUCCGCAAACCCCCGGGAGAGGUCAGAUGCGAACUGAUCAUUCACGAGCGUCCAAUCUCUCCAACGAGUCGGGCUCGGGAGCAGAAACCCCAGCCCGCAGGCGCUUGCAAAAGUCCGCAUCGACUAAUUUCCCCUCAAAUACUUCCAACUAUGACUCCUCUUACGGGGUGGCCGCGCCGCGCGCAGGUGGGAUGAAUAGGAGAAGGAUGUCAAUUCGGGAUCAGAAGGUGCCGCAAGGCCCACGGCCCCAGGAGACAUCACGAUGGAACAAACCUGGCCCGUAUCUCCAUUCCGGAAAUUCAUCCGUUGAUUCUACCCUCGACUCCAGCAAAAACUUUAACCUACGGUCUACGAGCGUGGGGAACUUAGCCAAGGCCGACCCAAAUUCGGGAGAGAGCGGUGAUUUCCUCGCGCCGGUCAACUUCGACGACUUCCAUAACAGCAUCAUGGGCGAGGCGAGCUUGAGCCACUUCCCUAUGCCAGGGACUGGUGGUGGUGCGGGGGAGAAUCGCGACGCCGGUCCGACCAAUCCUUGGGAAAACCACACCUAUGAACACAAUGCUUCUGAACGCACGCGGGCCCCUCCUUCGGCUCGCCGGAAAAGUGAAGUGCAGCGUCCGAACGGUCAACCUGGCGGUACCGGACUCACGGCAUCAUCUGCCAACACGCGGGCCCGUCGCCAGAGCUUAGCUCAACCGGCCGCCGGGAACACUGCUUCCAGAGGUUCUCGGAAAUCUGUCAGCUCCGGGGCCUUUGCGCCCACGAAUGCCUCGGCCAGACGUGCUAGUCUGAGUGCCCGUAAAUUCAGCACAGACACGACUCAGGCCAGCACUGCCUUCCUCCGCCCGAGAACCCAGGACUCUGAGACGAAGGUUCCGGCUGCCGUUCGAAACCUCAAAGCCAAAUCGUUCCAGCCCAGUCCGCGAGACCCUCCGGGCUCUUUCUUGACCGCAACAGACCCCGUGGACUUCUCGCGAUCGUCGUCGACCAAUGCCGUGCGGACGCCGGUGAAGAAUCCUGCGGGCGCCGCCGCGACUCCCUCCUCAACUUCAAAGCGUGCCUCUGUUAUGCCACACCAUGCGACUGGACUGGGCGCUCGAACCAUCAGUCCUACUGAUGCACGACGAAUGAAGCGAAUGUCCAUUGCUCCUACUGCGCCUCCGAUGCCACAUACACCUCCAACUCAAACAGAACCUCUCCCUAUUCGUCCCCUCUCUUCCACUCAAUCUCCCUCUCAAAUCCCCAGGAAGAGCGUCACUCCAUCUUCAAACCGAACCACGCCCGACCCAAAUCGCAAGUCCUAUAGCUCAGGCCUAUCUGUUUCCUCGAGCACUAGCUACAACUCUGCGCGCAAUUCUGGAAGCUCACUCCAAAAUCGUCUCUCUCAGAAUUUAUCUUCCUCUCGCCUACCAACUCCCAAGCCGAGGACGGAGCAAGCGAACCCUAACGGAGAAGAGGUGCCACCGGUCCCGGCAAUCCCCAAAGCCUACGAGUCACCCAAAGCCGAGCUGGAUGCACCUGUGUUCCCCGCACCUAGGAAAUCAAGCAUUCCGCUUGAUAUCGGUCAUUUGAACAUUAAAGAUUCAGGCCCCAGUCAGGAAACUGCCAGCACAGGUCACACCGAGAAUGCAGAGCCUACGGAAUCGGCUAAUACACCUGAUGUACGAACGAGAACUUCGACUGUAUUAGGGGGGCGUAAGGGCCUGCAACCACUGAAGCUCCCCCCGUUGAAUCUGUUGCCUCUGGGAACCCCAAUGGCAGCCAAGAUAGAUGCACUCAAAGACAAAGACGAGGAGCGCGAUGCCCAUACCCCGUCUAAUCAGGUUAUAUCGAAGACACCCGGGACCCCGAUGACGGCAUCCAAAGCGAGUUUCUGGUAUCAUGACGAGGAUGAGAAGCUACCUCUGACUCAGGCCCGGAGUAGCACCUCUCACUUUGCUGUCAGUUCCUCAACUGCCGCAGUGCGAGCUUCGAGCAGCACAAGCGCUUUCGAAGCUUUCGAAACUCCUAGCUCAUCGGCCCGCAACAUUUCUCCCUAUGCUUCAUACACCCUUCCCAAGAGCGGUACCGAGUUGAAUCAUCUUCGACACCAAGCCAGCGCGGACUACUCGAACCGGAACCAGAACCCGCCGCAUAAGUUGACUGGGCCGAGGCCACAGACUCAAAGUGCCGUCUUCACCCCUGCUCCCGAACGGCUCAGUCAGAUUUCCACGCCUUCGGAGCCCGAGAGUGUCACUGCUUCGAGCUCCUCGCUGCGCGACCGACUCAAAAUCGCGCGUCUUCGCAGUAACUCGAAAGCACAGAAAACCGAUACCGAUACGGAUACUGAUCCGACCAAAUUCAACCACAUGCCGCCACCCAAGCUGCCAGCAUCUGCAACAUGGAAUAAUCUAUCUUCGGUCAGCUCAACGAGUCCAAACCCCAAACCGUCCUAUCUCAACCCUCGUCGGCAGUCUUCUGUUUCCAGUGCAACAAACCCAGCAGCUCGCAAGCCAAGCGUCAGCAGCGAAAAGAGCCUUGCGCUGGAGCCAACUCCUUCCCACGAAUCGGGCGAGAGUGAUCGUUCCAGACGCGUGCACAGCUCUUAUAUCUCUCCUGUACAUAAAAUGAUCAGCAACGCCAGAUCCAGCGUUGCGGCUGCCCCCCGCUCUAACGACGGCGGUGUCGAUACCGAUGUGAUCAUUGCCGAUGAAGAGAUGAAACGGCUUGGAUCCAAGAGGAAAGACUUUGAAAAGGCUGCCAGAGUGCUCGAUGAUCUGCGUCGCAAGGCUGGACCCAAGGACCGUGUCAGUCCCGCGCAGGCAUUAAAAAUGGCGACUCUCAACAUCUUUGAGCGCGGUGAGAUCAUCGAUUAUCGUGAUAUCUUCUUUUGUGGCACCCAAACUGCCAAAAAGCAUGUCGGAGACCUUCAUUCUGGCGCCGCGAACUUUGGAUAUGACGAUGACCGCGGUGAUUAUAACAUUGUGAUAGGUGACCAUCUAGCUUACCGGUAUGAAGUCGUUGACGUCCUAGGCAAGGGCAGUUUUGGACAGGUUGUGCGAUGUGUCGACCAUAAAACCGGCGCCUUGGUUGCGAUCAAGAUCAUUCGCAACAAAAAGCGAUUCCACCAGCAGGCUCUUAUUGAGGUCAACCUUCUCCAGAAGCUCAAGGAAUGGGACCCUCACGGCAAGCACAGUGUGGUCAAUUUCACCCAAAGCUUCUACUUCCGAGGCCAUCUGUGCAUCUCCACCGAGCUUCUUGGCAUGAAUCUUUACGAGUUCAUCAAGGCCCAUGAGUUCCGAGGAUUCUCAUUGAAGUUGAUUCGUGUCUUCACCAAGCAGAUGUUGAGCAGUCUGGUGUUGCUACAUGCCAAGAAGGUGAUCCACUGUGACCUGAAGCCCGAGAAUAUCCUCCUGGUUCACCCCUUGAACUCCGAAAUUCGUGUCAUUGAUUUCGGUUCAAGUUGCUUCGAGAAUGAAAAGGUCUACACCUAUAUCCAGAGUCGCUUCUACCGCUCGCCAGAGGUUAUCCUUGGAAUGUCCUACGGCAUGCCGAUUGACAUGUGGAGCUUGGGAUGCAUUUUGGCCGAGCUGUUUACCGGCUAUCCCAUCUUCCCUGGUGAGAACGAACAAGAACAGCUCGCCUGCAUUAUGGAGGUAUUUGGUCCUCCAGAAAAGCAUCUGAUCGAAAAGAGUUCUCGCAAAAAGCUGUUCUUCGAUUCCCUGGGCAAGCCUCGCUUGACUGUCUCGUCCAAGGGCCGCCGCCGACGUCCCAGUUCCAAGGAACUCCGCCAGGCCCUGAAGUGUGACGAUGAGGCCUUCCUCGACUUCAUCUCCCGCUGCCUCCGGUGGGACCCCGCUCGUCGCAUUUCGCCUCACGAUGCGCUGAAGCAUGAGUUCCUCACCGGUAUCAAGGCCCCUCGGCCAAGAAUACACGGAACCAAUUCGCCUUCUAAGCGCGGCGCAUCUUCAUCUUCUCGUCCGCUCCCCGAUCCUCCCGGCGCCACCCUCAAGAGUGGAUUUUCGCGUCGCGAUGUCUCAGGCACUUCUCCCGUCAAGAGUGGGAAACGCCAUUCGACCAUCAACGGUCCCCCGUCCAGUCCUGGCAAGCGAGGAUCGAGUAAUGUCACUACCUCAGGCUCGGCUCUCCCCCGCGUCUCAGCACGGAGCAUCAGCGGCAAGCCGGACCUCGCUACCGCGGCGGCCGCGACAAGCCUGAGAAAAUGA